GUCAGAAAUACAUGGUAAAUUUACAUAACGUCUGUACAUUUGAUGUAGACGGUAAAUUACAAAAUGUCUGGUCUGUUUGGUAGGGCUACAAAACAAGCUCUCUUACGAGCAAAUUGUACACCGUGCGUACACCAGGCGAACACUAUGUCAACAUUUAGAAAUCUAUCCAAAGCAAAAAAGAUUGCCCUGGGUGCUAUAGGGGCCCUAGCUGCUGGUGGUACUGGAAUGGCCAUAGCUCUUAACUCAACAGUGACAGCUGGAGAAUUGGUUCUGCAUCCCCCUAAGUUACCCUGGAGUCACAGCGGACCACUAGACUCUUUCGACCAUGGCAGUAUAAGAAGAGGCUAUGAGGUUUACAAACAGGUGUGCUCAGCUUGUCACAGUCUCAACUACAUCAACUACCGUAAUCUGGUUGGCAUUUCUCACACGGAAGAUGAGGCCAAGGCUGAGGCACAAGAGGCACUAGUCACUGAUGGCCCCAAUGAAGCAGGUGAAAUGUUCCAAAGACCAGGCAAACUGUCAGAUCCAAUGCCCAACCCUUAUCCAAAUGAGGAGGCUGCCCGAGCUGCAAACAAUGGGGCAUACCCCCCUGAUCUUAGUUUCAUUACCUCAGCAAGACAUGGGAAAGAGGACUAUGUCUACCAUCUUCUAACCUGCUAUUGCGAUGAUGUACCAGCUGGAGUUAACCUUGGAGAGGGACAAUACUUCAAUCCAUAUUUCCCUGGUGGAGCAAUCAGUAUGGCCAAGGCUUUAUAUAAUGAGAUCAUUGAAUACGAAGAUGGAACCCCAGCAACAACACCGCAGCUCGCCAAAGAUGUGUGUACUUUCCUUAAAUGGUGUGCUGAGCCAGAACACGAUAGGAGGAAGAAAUUGGGCAUUAAGUGUAUCAUGCUGUUUAGUAUGCUGUCGGUUGCUAUUUACUACAUGAAACGUCACAAGUUCACAGUCAUCAAAAGUAGAAAAAUUGAAUACAGACCACGGAAGUAACGCUAAGCAUAUUAGGAGAAUUUUCAUCAUCAGAACACACAAAAGAGAAGUUUAUGUCAACUGACUGUUUUACGUUAAACACAGACUCUUUACUUUGUGGUUGAAGUUUUUAGAUUAUAUUUAUGAAUGGAUUUGUGGUGAAUGGAUCAGUGGCACUUACUCAAGUAACUCUAGAAUCUAUAUUAAUAUUAUAUUAUAUAACGCAUUAGAAAUUUGGAUACUGCUUCUGUGAUUCAAACUUAAAUAAGUAUAUCUUACUGAAAAAUUCCUACAAGGUAGUUGAUUUACAGUUCUUAUUGAAUGACAAACCCAAAUGAUGUCUUAUAAGCUUUCUUACGAUACCCAACAUUUCAGGUAAAAUUCCAAUGUUUUUAUCAUUUCAAUUUAGUAAAGUUCAAUUCUGGUCAAGUCAUUGGUUGAUAUUGUAUAUAUACACUCAGUGCCCUACAUGCCCUAAAAUAAGUUAUUUUACCAAACUGGACAUCUAGCUGGUACAUGUUGUAUGUACAUUGUACAUAUGAAUAAAAUAUCAACUUUGUUAAUCAUAAAA